CGCCGGUGGGCGACGCAGUUGCGCUGGGAGGGCGUGCGGUCCCUCUCACUCGUCGAGGUGGACUGGGUCCACCUCCUGCCUGUCCUCGGGGGUGGGGCUGGGCAGCUGCGCGCGCUGGUCUGGCUCGAGCUGGGCAUGCCGCGGCUUGCGACUGGGCUAAGAAGAAAUCUGGAGGGGCGACGACGACGCACCGAACUGCUGGAGGCCUUCCUCCGGGCCCUGCCCCGGCCGCUGCGCAGCUUUAUUGGAGUGGAUCUGCCCGCGGACGUGGUGGCGGUAGUGGUUGAGGCGCACGGCGCCGGCCUGCAGCACCUGCGCCUGAGGACAUCAUCCCAAGAUGCAGUGACUCUCGCGCCGGCUCAGCUGCAUCGACUGCCCGAGGACUUUCCGUAUCUCCGGUCUCUGGGUUUUUCCCUCUCCCCGUCGCAGUAUGACAUGAUCAGCCUCCUGGUCCCACUCCGCCGCCUCCGUCACCUUCACCAUCUGGAGCUGAACCUCCCUGCCCUACCUUCCGUCCAUCACUCUUACCAAGGGCCCGACAACAUCAGAACCGAAAAAGAGUCCCUCAUCCUUGAUUCCACGAACAUACCCACCCUCUUCCAUCGUCUCGAUAUCACAGAUGGCCCACACCUGCGCUCCUGCCACAUCUUCCACGGGGACUGGAAUACCCUCGACCACCCGCCCUACCACAGCAGCCAGCAUGACGCGAUCCUCGUCGCCGAGCGCGACCGCACCGGGUCCAUCCAGGUGUCUCGACUGCCGCGGUGGCGAAGGCCCCCGGGGCCCCACGCCCCACACGGCACGCCCACCUCCUCCCUGAACCUGGUGGGCCGGAUGUUGGAGGUCCUGGGGUGGCCGGGGAUGGCCGGGGAGGAGGAGGCGGGGCUGACGACUACGGCGGUUGCCGUGGAUAUGGAAUGGGGGGUACGGGAUGCUCGGUGGGGGCGGCGGUAGAUCUAUCUGACUGAAUGAGCAGUCGUGUAUUUGGGAUGUUUGGGGCUGGAUGGUACCAAACAUGUCUAUUCUCUUUCAUGACUAGCA